AUGGCUGGCGUCCGGAUGGGGCUUUCUAUGCUCCUGCUGACCUUUUCGUUGGCCCUUGCCAGGGCCAAAGAUACCAGCGAAGAUGCUUGCGACAGCGAUGCCAGCAGUCUGCUUGAGCACAAGUCGAAGCCGGACCAGAAAGUGGGUACAGAAUGCACCACUCCUGGGAUGUACCACUUCCCAAACAUGGAAGGCUUCCGCAUUGAGGUGAGCCGAUGGGAGCACUGCCAGUCCUAUUGUCGCGUCACCGAAGGAUGUCAAUUCUUCUCGUAUUGGCCUGAUGGAGGGUGCGAGCUCCAAAGUGGGCCCGGAGAGUUUCGGAAGGCUUCAACAGCCUACAGCGCAGUGAUCAGCGGUCCAGCAUCAUGUGGGGAUGUGGAGCCAGGGACAAUCAAUUUGCUGGACAUGUCCUUUUUGUACUGCAUGGCGCAUCCGGACGAUGGCUGCUGCACAUGUGGCUCUUGCUGCCUUCCCUUCUGCAGCUCGGGCCACUGGACCCUACGCGCUGGCUGCAACUAUAAGGUUGGCGGAUUUUGCGACAAGUCCCUGGAGAUGCCACCGCCUGGAUGCUUAUAG